GAGUCAGUUCAGGCGGGCAGCUGGCAGAGAACAUCACGCAGACUUUUUUCUUUUCUCUUAAUUCCCCCAGCACUGCUCAGAAGGAACAGCUCACUUGGAAUUAAACAGAUAAAUAAACUAAGCAUAAAAGAAAAAGAAAAUUUUCGUCAAGCACUUUUACCCAAUGUGAAGCGAAAAGAGGCUGAAAAGAAGAGAAAACAGCGGAGAAAUGGGAGCGUUCAGGCUGCUGCUGGGGAGUUUGCAUUACCUGGGACUGUAUCUGCAACUUAGUGUCUCCACAAGGCAGGCUGGACACCGAGACCUGGAGAACCGCAUCUCUGGAAACGCUAUGUUUACUGAGGUUCCCCAUGACAUGACUGCCCAGAGAGGCCAGGAUGUGGAGAUGGCCUGUUCCUUCAGAGGAGCAGGAAUGCCAUCCUACUCACUGGAGAUCCAGUGGUGGUACAUCAGGAACCACCUGGAGUGGAUGGACCAGCAGCCCUGGACAACUAAUGAGGUGUCUCCUGAGGAGGAAACACCAAAAGAUGCUACAAAGAUCAGUGUUGUGAAGGUCGUGGGCAGCAACAUCUCCCACAAGCUCCGUCUCUCCCGGGUCAAAACAUCUGACGAAGGCACCUAUGAAUGCCGCGUGAUCGACUUCAGCGACGAGGCUGGCGCCCGCCGCCACCGCGUCAGAGCCUACCUACAGGUGGUGCCAGACAGCGCCGCUGCCGCUGGCCCCGAGCGCGACGCCAACUUCGAGACCCGGGACGACACCAAGACAGGGGUAGCGUUCGCUGAAGCAGAGCCGCACGGCAGUGGUCAAUACCAGAACCACGGGCCCCACAUGGAGCAAAGCAAGCGGCCCCAGGCGGCCCCCCACCAUGGCCACAGCCACGGCGGCGGUGGGCCGCAGCACAACGCCGCCAGGGAGGUGAAGAGGAGCGGUGCGGACAAUAACCACAGUGACUGCUCCAACGAGCCGAGCUGCGCUCUGUAAAGCCAGAGGUCACAGAACCAGAUGUUUGGUCACAGAAAGCAGCUUCCCUCUCACACAGAGCAGGCCUGAAGAAACCCGGAAUCCGUAGAAACAUCUAAUAUGGCUUGUAAAGAGCGCAGAGGUUUAACUGUGAGGGGGGAGUGGUUCUUAUUUAUGUUGAUGCUGUGCAGAAGUCUAGUUGAACUGGUUCCUGUAGGUAAACUGCCUGUAAAGAAGGGGGUGGGCUUAGACUUAGGCAGCUUUACUGUUUCUGAUAUCAGUAUGUCUAUUAACCAGUAAAUAAUAUGUUGCUUGACUCCAGAUCCUGUAAAUGACAUGAUCACGCCUUCCACUGCCUUACUGUCGCUCCAUUCGCCCAGACAAAAAGGAAGUGGAAUAUUUUCUCACUGGUUCAAUUCCAAGUGCUUUUAUUCACUUUAAAAUCCAACAUAAAAACCUGCUGAUUUGUGUUCAUGGAUGUUGAUGAUGUAGCGCUGCACACAUUAACAAACUUUCUGUCUGAUUCAGGACAGCUCCUGAAUAGUUCAAAGAGAAUGGGGGGAUUUCAAUAAAUAAUAUUAAUAAAAAAAACGUUACAGAUGGUAUUUUCCCAACAAUUGCUUUACAGUUCAGAAAGUAGAAAUUUUCCUCCCCACCUUCUGCUGCAGAAGUCUAGAUGUAACUGGUUCCUGUAGGAAGAAAUUAAAGUGUUUGUUUUUUCACCAGUCUGGAGAGGAUUAAACCUUAGAAACUAAAUUAAUCAAUUUAAAUAUGCCUCUCAUUAUUGACUGUAAAUAUAAGUGAUAUCACUUUUAUGUAUAACCCUGUAAAAGGUAUCUCUUGAAAUUAUCAUAUUUUAACCAAAAAUUUCAAUGCAUUUUAUUUUAUUUUGUAUUUAAUAUCAAACACAAAGUGCAAAACAAAUGCUACGUAGUUUGUUCUUUUUGUUUUUUUGAAAAUCUGAAAAACUUUCAUUUUAAAGGAAAUGCACUGCACAAAGACAAAAUCUUAUCAAGUAUUUUUAAUCUAGUUUAUAUUAUUUAUUUCAUCUUAUCUGCAGUUUUGUACUAUUUUGUGUUGGUUUAUCACAUAAAAUCCCUGUAAAACAUGAAGUUUGUGGCUAAAACCAGAAAAAAUGUGAGAAACUGUCAAGCUUUUGCAUGGCAGCACAGUUUUAUGGGGUAAAUAAUUUCUCUCCCAGCUUGAUUCUCUCACCCAGUGCUCAUUAAUAAUAAUAAUAAAAAAUAAAAAGCCUCAAUCCUCUACAAGCCUCUAAUCCACUCUGUACAUAAAACUGUAUAUUACAAAAAACAAAGUAAGUGCAUGUUUAGUAAAUUUCUUAAAAAAAACUUUUUCAAUCAACAUGCACAAAGGCAUUUUUGUCACAUAUGAGUUUUAUGUAUUUAUUUAUUUAUGUAUUUUUUGUAAAGGACUCCGUCUGUUUUUAUUCCUUUAUUUAUUGAAGUCUUGUCAGUUUGACAUUUUUAAAAGCCAUCCUUGUUGUGUUCCUGCUCUCCUAAAGUGCUGUACAGACAGAAGAAUAAGGUUUUCUUCAUAGCUGCUCAGAAAGGGGUUUUCCUCCCUGAUAUAUUCUUUCACCGUUUCUCAAGCUUCUGGAUGUGGAAGCGUUGGCAAAGCACAGACCACUGAAACUCUGGUGUAGUCUCAGAAAACAAUGCUCAUUUGGAAAUAUUUCAUUCUGAUGGAUCUACUAAAGCUGCAGU